AUGGGGGACCGUGAGCAGCUGCUGCAGCGGGCGCGGCUGGCCGAGCAGGCGGAGCGCUACGACGAUAUGGCCUCCGCCAUGAAGGCGGUGACCGAGCUGAAUGAACCCCUCUCCAAUGAAGAUCGAAACCUCCUGUCCGUGGCCUACAAGAACGUGGUUGGUGCCAGGCGAUCCUCUUGGCGGGUCAUCAGCAGCAUUGAGCAGAAAACCAUGGCGGAUGGAAAUGAAAAGAAGCUGGAGAAAGUGAAAGCCUACCGGGAGAAGAUCGAGAAGGAGCUGGAGACCGUCUGCAAUGAUGUCCUGGCUCUGCUCGACAAGUUCCUCAUCAAGAACUGCAAUGAUUUCCAGUAUGAGAGCAAGGUGUUUUACCUGAAAAUGAAGGGCGAUUACUACCGCUACCUGGCCGAGGUGGCUUCCGGGGAGAAGAAGAACAGCGUGGUCGAAGCAUCUGAGGCCGCCUACAAGGAAGCCUUUGAGAUCAGCAAAGAGCACAUGCAGCCGACGCACCCCAUCCGGCUGGGCCUGGCCCUCAACUUCUCGGUGUUCUACUACGAGAUCCAGAAUGCUCCGGAGCAGGCCUGCCUCUUAGCCAAACAAGCCUUUGAUGACGCCAUAGCUGAGCUGGACACGCUAAACGAGGAUUCCUAUAAGGACUCCACGCUCAUCAUGCAGUUGCUGCGAGACAACCUCACCCUCUGGACGAGCGACCAGCAGGAUGAAGACGCCGGAGAAGGCAACUGA